AUGAAGUUCGUCAAACGGAGCAACAACGUAGUUCAAGUUUACGAGGGUCCGGUGAGAGACACCAAUGAUGCUGAUCUGUGUGAUCCUGCUGGUCUUAUUCUCGAUGAGUGGCCGUGGACAGCUCCUUGGAAUGAUGAACCAAGCUUCUGCCCUGUUAGUGGAGGAUUCACCUUCAGAACCAUCAGAAGGCUGACCAACGAGGACUUUUGUGAAGAUGAAUGGCGGAGGUCACAGCUUGAAAUUGAGUGUGUCAAGGGGGAUGGCAUGGACUUCAUCGCACCCAAGGACAGCAACUGCAACCCAUUCCUGAAACAAGGAGAUUGUAAGUGA